AAUAUCGCCCGACCUCGAACUCCACGAAUGAAGGACGAAACUACGAAUCAAGCACCUCCAACGCCAGGUCAAAGAAGACAGCCGGAACUACCUCGUGGGAUAUAUUCACGCCCCGGCUCUCUUACCGAAGAACAAGUAGGUGACGCUAUCGAGGAGCUCAUUGUGUAUCAGUUCGAGAAUCGAGACCUUCUACUGGAAGCUCUGGAGAGUCCUAAAUCCGGGAUCACAUGUGUGGGCCAAGGUAACCGACCGAUUCCUGAUGGUAAUAAAGCGCUAGCCAACCUCGGUAAGGCUGUGAUGAACCUGGCAUUGAUGGAACAGCUCUAUGAAUACCAGAUACCAGAAUACAACCUAGCAAGUGUGGGAAACCACAGCGGAUUUCAGAAAUGGAUACGACCAAGAAAGCCUCUGCCACCAUCUCAGCAGAGGAACGUCAUGUUAAUGAUCAAGGACGAUUUACGAGCUUUAACGGGCGAAAAGGAUCCCAAAAGAGUUAUUGCAAGAGCUAUGCGAGCUCUCAUUGGAGCGGUAUACUUAGACGGUGGUAGAGAGGCAGCGGUGGAUGUGAUGAGGGAAUUGAGACUACUCAUCAGUACCAGUCCGCUGGUAGGGCCGCACGAUGAGUGA